AUGGGUGUCCCAGGACUAUGGGAUCUUCUCCGUCCGGCUGCCUGCUCGCAUUCGCUAUCAAGACUAGCAGUUGACGCAUUUAUCGCAAACCACAGAGGAUACAGAGGACUGAGGGUUGGAGUGGACGCAUCUAUUUGGUUGAUACACUCACAAACAGCCCCUGGAGGUUUGAACCCAGCGCUGAGAACUCUAUUUUUCAAACUAUGCAAUCUGCUAUCACUGCCUAUCCUCCCAUUGUUUGUAUUCGAUGGUCCGAAAAGACCAAAAAUGAAGAGAGGUAAACAAGUGCGUGGUGCACAGCCUAGAGGAUUGAAAGAUUUCAUAAAGUUAAUUGACGCUUUUGGUUUCGAAUACCACAAUGCACCAGGCGAAGCUGAAGCUGAACUCGCUCGUUUAUCUAAAGCUGGUAUUAUCGAUGUCGUCUUGUCCGAUGAUGUCGACAGUUUGCUUUUUGGUGGUGUCAAAAUACUCAGAAAUUGGUCACUAGGUCUCUCAGGCAAUAGCAAAUCACAAGCUGAUUUGCACAAUAUUAACAAUGACGACUCACUCGCUGCUGAUGAUCAUCGAAUUGAGACAUACACUCUCGACGACAUAUGUCGACAUGAUGAAACUGGUGUGACACCCAAUGGUCUCAUCCUCGUUGCAUUAUUAGCAGGUGGUGAUUAUCAUCCAGCUGGUGUACAAAGCUGCGGAACAAAGAAUGCAUUUGGUCUCGCAAGGGCAGGCUUUGGUGAUAAGUUGAUUGAAGGGGUUAGAACACUUCAAAGAGACCAACUUGACUCUUUCUUGACCAAUUGGAGAGAAGAGCUGAAGGAGGAGCUAGCGAACAAUUCAUCUGGCUAUCUUUCAUCUAAGAGACCUUCAGUUGCGACAUCAAUUACGACUUCCUUUCCAGAUUUAGAUGUCUUGGAACGAUAUAUAAAUCCCUUAACAACAGAAUCAAUUGAUUGUGAACAGAAGUACAAAGAAUCGUUAAAUAACAUAAAAUACAAUAAAGAACCAAAUAUAGCAGAAUUAGCUAGAUUCUGUGAGGAAUACUUUGAAUGGGGAGAAAAGAGUAGAAUUAUAGCUAAAUUUCGUAAUAGUGUUUGGGAUGGCAUUUACAUUAGAGCAUUACGUGCCUCAACAGUAUCACUGGAUGGAGGUCAGCAUGGCGAGUUUAACGAUGAAGUAUCCAGUCAAUUCAUCAAAAUACAUCAAACGAGGAAUAAGUCGAAGUAUGAGAAAUACAUGGAAUACAGGUUAUCAAUCAAUCCAUCACCUUACGUCGACGUAGUUGAUGAAGCUGUAACAGGUGAUAUGAAAGCGCUCCGAGAGGCUCGUCGACGGAAUGAUCCUGCAUUACGUGAUUUGAGAAAUGCCUUACCAGACGAACAAUCUGCUAGUGGAACUACGAUGGAAGAUCUCACACAUGCUACAGAUGCGAGUACCAGUACUACUACUGGAAGGUCUAAACAAGUAGAUCAGCACUCAGCAUUGAGAAUAUGGAUACCAUCGCAGAUACUCAAAGCUGCCUUGUUGAAUGAAACAGAUGCGUUCGAUAAGGGUCUCACAAGGAAGGAUUCUAAUGUUGCUACUAGAGUAACAAUGAUGGCACCAUCACGCAAACCAGCUCCUGUAAUACGUGAGGAGACAAUUAUCGAUGAGGCGAGCGCAGAGGCAACUUCCACGAGACGUACAAGAACGGUUGACAGUAUAAGCUCAACUUCAAGAGGCGGGGGAAGAGCGAGGGGAAGAGGUAAUACAAAGAAGAGUAACACCCUCACGCGCAAUGCAACAGUUGAUGAUUUUGUCGAUUUGACAGAUACGGCUAAUCCAAUUUUGAUACCUUCACCGAAAAGAAAUCAGAGGAAAACGCAAACGCGGCGGAAGACGAGUGGUAGUAAGAGAGCUGUUGAUAAUCGAUCAACUGACGAUCUAGAGACUCAUUCGCAAUCACCUGCGAAGAGAGUUAGCGGUGGUCGCGAAAUUGUGGUGCCUUCCAGUGACGUUCUCCAUGGUGCGCGUUCACCGACACCAACUCUAGAUCAGUCGCCACCACCAUCAAUCCAUAAAUCACUAACGCCAACAUACACCACACCAAGGAAGUAUAGUUUGACAACUCCGUUAGAGCCAUCACUCAGUCCACCGUCACCAUCUGCGCUCAUUAGGGGUGAAAAGGAAAGACACAGUAUUAAUGAAACGAUAUCAAUCGACGACGAUGACAAUUCACCAGUGUCAGUUGUUCGACGUGCAGAUAUACCAAAUUCACCAAUAAGCAUAUCAAGUGAUGACAACACGAGCACGCCUAGGCCAACAAUUAAGAAAAUUCAGAAGGUGAAACCAAAGACUCUCACUAGCAUAUUUGGUGUAACAAAACCGCAACAGACAAAGAACAAGAAACGCGAGAACAUAACGAACUCAAACAUAACAAAUGAUGUUAUUGAUUUGACAUGAUUUGAAUAAAUAAUGCAUUGCAAAAACACCUUGUAUUAUACAUAUAAAUUACAUGAACU